AUUUCAAAUAAAGAUUUUUUUAUAUUUAACAAUCUAAUCACUGUCAAAUGAGUACAAUACAGUAUCUAUUAUUAACUGUCAUAGCGCUGGUUGUAAUUAUAUUUUCUACGUUACCCUUCUGGGAUUGUAACGACAAAGUCGAAAUGACUGAAAGUUGUAUAUUCUGUGAUAUUAUUGCGGGAAAGAAACCCGAAACAAACAUAGUUAAGGAAACAUCAGAAUUUGUUAUAUUUGAGGAUAUAAGACCUACUUCAAAAUACCACUUCCUAGCUGUAACCAAACGACAUAUAGAAAGUGUUAAGGUAUUAACUAAAAAUGACAUAGAUAUGAUUCGAAGAAUGGAAACUGGCCUAAAGCAAUAUUACACUAGCCGUGGUAUUGACAACAAUGAUGCCAUAUUCGGUUUUCAUCAGCCACCAGCUAUCAGUGUUAAACACUUGCAUAUGCACGGCAUAGCACCCAAGUCAACAAUGAGUUUUAUCAAUCGUUUGGUUUUCAAAUCAGGAACAUUUUGGUUUAAAACUGUAGAAGAACAAAUUCGUGCUAUUAAUGAAAAAGCUUAAAACCACUUCCAAUUAUUUUUCAUUUAAAUUUAAGGUUCAGGGAUAUUUAAUUAUGUGUAAUUAGAAAAUUCAACGAGAUAUAC